AUGCCCGCUCUUGAUAUGCAACCGCUCGUUGCCGAUGACACCAGAAUUCUCGGCCAGGAUCCUUUGAUCUCCCCGGCUCUCCUCGCCUCCGAGAUUCCCAUGACCGAUAGUGCCAUCCGGACCGUCGUCAAGGGUAGAAAAGAUGCCUCCGACAUCAUCAUGGGCCGUAGUGACCGGCUUCUGGUAGUUGUCGGUCCCUGUUCCAUUCACGAUCCCGAGGCUGCCCAUGAAUACGCCGCCAAGCUCAAAGCACUGUCAGAUAGAUUAUCCGACGAUUUGUGCAUCGUAAUGCGGGCUUAUCUCGAAAAGCCCAGAACUACAGUGGGCUGGAAGGGUUUGAUCAACGAUCCUGAUAUUGAUUCGUCUUUCCAAAUCAACAAGGGACUGAGAGUUUCCCGCCAGCUCUUCGUUGACCUUACUUCCAGAGGCAUGCCCAUUGCUAGCGAAAUGCUGGACACCAUAUCGCCGCAGUUUCUGGCGGACUGCAUUUCAGUUGGAGCCAUCGGCGCUCGCACCACUGAGUCCCAGCUGCACCGAGAGCUGGCUUCAGGCUUGUCCUUCCCCGUUGGCUUCAAGAAUGGAACCGAUGGCAAUCUGGGCGUCGCCAUCGACGCCAUCGGUGCUGCCGCUGCCAAGCAUCACUUCAUGGGGGUUACCAAGCAGGGUUUGGCCGCCAUCACGCGUACAAAGGGCAACGAGCACGGUUUUGUCAUCCUCCGCGGUGGAAGCAAAGGACCCAACUUUGACAAGGUCAAUGUUCAAGCUGCCAAAAAGUCUCUCAAAGACAAGGGUCAGAAGCUUGCCAUCAUGAUUGACUGCUCCCACGGUAACUCGCAGAAGAACCACAACAACCAGCCAAAGGUAGCCCAGGUGAUUGCAGAUCAGGUCAGGGAAGGCGAGAAAGCCAUCGUGGGUGUAAUGAUUGAGUCCAACAUCAACGAAGGCAACCAGAAAGUCCCUGCAGAAGGGCCUUCUGCUCUGAAGCGUGGUGUUAGCAUCACUGAUGCUUGCAUCAACUGGGAGACUACCGUCACAGUUCUCCAAGACUUGGCUGCUGCCGUCCGCACGAGGCGCGAGAUCAACAAGUCCUCGCCCAACGAGGAGGCCAAGAUUAGCAUGCUUGAGGAAGAUUAG